AUAUGUGACAAUGGUUCAUGAUUCUUCUCGCUCGUCUUUUGCAUCUGUUGAGCAAUAGAACGAUUGCGAAACAUUACUUCUACGGGCACGUGUACGUUAAGGCUUCUUCACGUCAUCCAGGUUUGUGUUCAUUGUACAAGUUUACAAUGUCAUAGCACGACGGAACGUGGUAAAUAAUCAAGAUGCCAAAAGUAUACCAAGUAAAUCUUCAGGAGUUUAUUGAAGAGUACGCAUGGGACUGUUUCAAACAGGAUAUUGGGUUUAUAAGGAGACUCUUCAACAGAAAAUCCAAGUUUUACUUCGACAUACGCUGGGGAUACCUCGAUUUCUCACACAGGACUGAGAGUAAAGAGAGACCUGUGACCGGGAAUGUGAAUCAGAAAAACGAGGAGUUGUAUUAUUCAGAGUACGAUAAUAAAACCAACACACAACAGAAUUACACCUUUUCAACAUCAAGGGAGACUACUGCGACUACUAGUAUUGAGCUGCAGGAGAACUACACUAUUGGUGCUGAAACUAAUCUGGAAGUGGACCUAGCGGGUAUUGUUAAGUUCGGGGGUGGUGUAAAUGGGUCUUUGUCGGUGACGGAAACCAAAAGCCAAGAGUUUUCCAAGACUCUCACUUGGAAUAUUGACACAAAUAUUGUAGUCCCGCGCUGGAAUCGCGCCCGUGCGACGUUGUUGGUUUAUGAACAACCCUCAAUUCUUGACUUCACGGUAACUACCACCCUCUCAUUGCCAAAGAAAACUCUUCCAGUGUCUUUAAGACGAAAACGAGAUGACAAAAUCGUGAAGACGUACUACAUUACGAACCUUAACGCAAUAUUCGCCGAAUACAACAAAAAGUAUGCGACAGAUGAAGACAGAAUUGUAAAAAUUGAGACAAGGCCAGUAGAAGGGAGCGCGAUAGAUGAAGUUAUAGCUGUGAUAACCUCCCAUGGAACGUGUAAAAACGUCUCUUGGAAAAAACAGCAUGUGAAGGUACAGUGUACGCCGAUAGAGGGUGCACCGCCAGAGGCACCUGUCGAAAAUAAGAAGGAGGUGAGCGAACAUUAG